AUGGAUUGCAGUCAGAUUGGCGAGGAUGAAGCGUGGGCGAUUGCCGAGGCGCUCAAAGAGAACAGGAGGCUGAACAGGCUCAAUCUGGAUGAGAAUCAGCUCGGCGACGCUGGAGCGCGCGCAAUUGCUGAGACACUCAAAGUCAACACGACGCUGACAGAUCUGAAUCUGGGCCAAAAUCAGAUUGGCGAUGCUGGAGCGCGCGCGAUUGCCGAGACACUCAAAGUGAACAUGAGGUUGACUUACCUCAAUCUGUACGGCAAUCAGAUUGGCGACGCCGGAGCGCAGGCAAUUGCUGAAGCACUCAAAGUGAACACAACGCUGACUAAGCUCCUCUUGUUCUCUAAUCAGCUUAAGGAUGAUGGAGCGAGGGCGAUUGCAGAGGCACUCAAAGCAAACAAGAGGCUGUCUAUGCUCCAUCUGAACUCCAAUCAGAUUGGCGAUGGUGGAGCGAGCGCGAUUGCUGAGGCACUCAAACUGAACAGGACGCUGACCGAACUCUACUUGGGUACGAAUUACUUGACCGAGGUUGGAGUCUCUGCGCUCCGGCGAUCGGGCAAUACCACUUGCAAGCUGAAGGAGCUGGACAGCCAGUGGACUGCUGUUCGGGAAUACGCUCGGGAAUACACCGAGUCUCAACCUUCACUGAACAGCCAGCGGACUGCUGUUCGUGCUCGGAAAUACACCGAGUCUCAAACUUCAGUCACUCUUCCGACUGAAACUCUGCGAUUCCGCUCCGAGCUGGCUGUCAAAAACCUGGAGUUGGCUGCCAAAGACCAGAUGCUCGCUACCAAAGACCAGAUGCUCGCUACCAAAGACCAGAUGCUCGCUGCCAAAGAACAGAUGCUCGCUGCCAAAGAUCAGAUGAUUGCUGUCAAAGAUCAGAUGAUUGCUGCCAAAGAUCAGAUGCUUGUUGUCAAAGAGCAGGAGCUUCAACAACUGCGCUCCGAACUUGCUGUCGAGGGGUAUGAUGAUGAUUAUGAAGAUGACUAUGACGGUGAUCAUGAAUAG